AACCGCUGAUGUAAACUAGUGAUGGCUGCCUUCAUGACUUAUAAUGGUUGAAACGGGUGAUGUGUCGUCAAGCUGAAAGGAGAGUAUCAAUAAUAGGAAUUGUGUGAAUAAAAGACAUUUGUCGCCAACUGAAUGGUCAUCGUAGUAUUUAUCUGCAGAAUUUAGAAGUAGUUGCUCCUUUUGCAUUGUUUUUAACUCGUUUGUACAUGUAGAUUACAAUGGUUAAAUUAUACGCAUUGUCCGUUUUAUACAAGGCUCCCACCUCAGCUACGGCACUGAAAACUGCAUAUGAUGUGGAAUCGUUCUCCUUCUUUCAGCGAAGUAGCAUCAAAGAAUUCAUGGCUUUUAUUAGUAAAACGAUGACUGAAAGGACACAGAUCGCGGCAAGACAAAGUAUCAAAGAAAAGGAAUAUAUGUGCCAUAUCUAUGUCAGAGGAGACAGCUUGGCAGGUGUAGUAAUUUCGGAUCAUGAAUAUCCACAUAGAGUAGCUCAUACGUUAAUUACAAAAGUAUUAGAUGAAUUUGCUUCCAUACACCCAUCAAAUACAUGGCCGUCAUUGUGCGAAGCUACUUCGAAUUUCCCACAAGUUAAUACGUACUUAGCGCAGUAUCAAAAUCCCAGGGAAGCAGAUGCGCUCACAAAGAUGCAGUACGAUCUGGACGAAACAAAAAUAAUUUUACAUAACACGGUAGAAGCUGUGUUGCAAAGAGGCGAGAAAUUAGAUGAUUUAGUCUCUAAAUCGGAGGGUCUCAGCAUGCAAUCGAAAGCCUUUUAUAAGACGGCACGGAAAACCAAUUCUUGUUGUAGCUUAACAGCUUAGAAACUGUUUGCUGUAUUAUAUUUUAAUAAUCCUCAUUGUCACUUUACUGUUGUUAAUGUGCAAGAGACACCAUCAAAUAACGCCAAAUGGCUUUCGUAAAUGUCAGGAUGAUGUUUGGAAAUCAAGGAAACUUUAAUUUCCAAAAUAAAUCCUUUCCAUUCAUCCAUGCCGUCUGGCAAAUAUAUGGCGACUGCUCCUUUCUGCGAAUUGCCAGUUGUCGCAGUCACUGCCAGUACUUCCAGAAUAAAGUUGUCGACCGACUUGUAUGGCGCAUGCAAAAUGGUGUAAACAUUUCCUGGUAGGUAGUAUUUCUACUACCAAACGGUCCUAAAUUGUCACAAGCUAGUUAAGUAGCGGUGCUUAUUCUGGUCCAUACCAUUGAGCCGUACAUGGUGAUGUAGCAGAAUUUUUGAGGUACCGUGGACUGACAUUCCAACAUUAGAGAUCUAGUGGUUACACGGUACAAUAGAAAUUAUUGAAAAUCCCUUGAGCUGUUAACAUACUGGAAGAAAAGUAUAAAACAAGUUAUGUACAUGUGUGCUUUAUGAUAAAAAAAAACAAAUGAAUCAUGAUAUUCAAGUAUAUUCAAUAUUCAAUUGUUUUUAACCGAGAUUAUCUUUUAUCUUAUAUGUAAGAAAUUUGUGUAACAUUCUUUAGAAGUUUUAUUGCCAAUCAAUUAUUGCUGUAUAUAAAUAUUUUUUAAAUGUUUCAACUUCUUUGCCAUUACAAUCUGGUAAUAGUGACCGUACCUUUAGCGAAUUCAUGUUACAUAUUGUUUUUUUCUAUUUCAUGUUACAUAUUGUUUUUUUCUAUUUCAUGUUCCAAUAAAUCAACUAAGUGAAAAUUUGAGCAAACAAAGGACAAUGUGUAAAAACGACAUAAAUUCAAUCGUUUAAGCAAACUCAGUGCAAUGUAUGAUUUUAAAGUGCGACGUUUUCAAACUGCAAACCGUAUAUAAUCAAGCGUCUAUGUGGUUGGUGUUUGCAUGUAGUUAUGCGUUUGAUGAACAUUUUUAAUAAUUCUGAUUGUAUCCUAAUAUCAUGGAAAUAAUACGCCUUGAUGACACGUGAGAGCUGAGCAAGACUACAACAGUAUGUGUACAUUUGAAGAUAUAUCAAUAUAUUAUAUUGUAUACGUUUAACUAUUUGUAAUUAUUGUACCAAAAAGUACAAGAAAAGUGACGUGUUCGAGUUAAUUUAAAUAAAGAACGUUUUCAAAUAAGGCAAAAA